CGUCACAACAGGGCGGUUGCGUCAGGAGGGAAAAGAGGACAGUGGGCGAGGGCCUGGGCGUGGGACGCGCAUGCGCAGUGGAGAACGCAGGCAGUGACAGGGCCGGGGCUAUGGCAGAGCCCUCGGAAAUGCCUACUGUCGACGGCGGUGCUCCUGAGGGAGGAGGAGGAAGGAGAAGAGCAGGUGCUGCUUCUUCUCCUUCUUCCUCCUCCUCCUCUGUUCCGACUGCUGCCCCGGAAGCCCUCAGUGCCGCAGAGUAUUCCCGGCGCGUUCACCAAUGGCUGUGGGACUCCUACUGCGGUUACCUGAGCUGGCAGACCAGCGGCCUGGCCGCCCUCAUGGCCGGAGCCGUGACGACGACGACGGCCUCUUCCACAGCUCCGACCCCGGGCGCGUGUUGUUACUAUGGCAACGGCCCUACCUGCUACUACCUCCUUGCGACCGCCGCUCCAGAGGGCAGCCCCGCCCCCGUUGCCGGGCAACCGCCGCCCCCCACCGCUGCUCGGCACGCGCCCUCGGCCCCGCGCGCCGGCCCCGCCCCCAGCAGCAUCUCCAGGGAAACCGCCCGGCCCGCAGCAGGUCGUGAAUAUAUUAUCCCAUCCUUGGCUCAUAGGUUUAUAGCAGAGAUGGUGGAUUUCUUUAUUCUGUUCUUUAUCAAGGCAACUAUAGUUCUGAGUAUUAUGCAUCUCAGUGGAAUAAAGGACAUUUCCAAGUUUGCCAUGCACUACAUUAUAGAAGAAAUCGAUGAAGACACUUCCAUGGAAGACUUGCAGAAAAUGAUGGUAGUGGCCCUUGUCUACAGAUUGCUAGUCUGCUUCUAUGAGAUUAUAUGUAUUUGGGGAGCAGGCGGAGCAACUCCUGGGAAAUUUUUGCUUGGUCUUCGAGUUGUAACAUGUGAUACAUCUGUACUUAUUGCACCAAGUCGCGUGUUAGUGAUUCCGUCUUCAAACGUGAGCAUGACAACGUCUACAAUACGAGCUUUGAUCAAGAAUUUUUCUAUUGCUUCCUUUUUUCCUGCGUUCAUUACACUGCUGUUUUUCCAGCACAACCGAACAGCCUAUGACAUUGUUGCAGGGACAAUUGUGGUAAAGAGACCCAGUGUCAGAUGAUAGCCAAGAAAGGCUCGUUUCUACUGUUCAGACAUGGUGAUAACUCCUUGGAUUUCUAAAAUUCACUUUGGAACAGUGGCAGUGAAGAUGCGGAACAUAUUCCUUUCCUUCCAGCUAUGCUAUAAUUGGUGAAAAGUGGCACUGGUUUGAGAAUAUUUUGAACUGAACCAAGAAAACAAGCUAUCUUCAGAAGACUGUGUGAUGUGAGAAAUGCGAGCUUGGAUUCUGUACUAAAAGGUAGCUGUUAUUUUUAUGAAGAUCCAAAAUUUUCUAAUUGCUGGAGCGGUAACCAAAGGGAUUAACUAUAGUGUUUGCAAAGGAAGCUCUCUACAAAGAAUUGUGUUCUCCUAUUUUGAUGACAGUGAAGGAUUUGCCACUUUAUAAAAGCCUUAUCAGGAACUGCUUACACAAGCACUGUGUUAUUACAAUACUCAAAUUUCUCUAUAAACAGUGUGUUAAAUGUCUUGCAUGAUGUGGAUAUCUUGAACGUAAUACAGAUCAUUGACUAUGUCAGAUAUUAUCAAGGAAAACAAGAAAAUACUGCUACUGGCAAACAUGUAAAUAUUGGUGGCUCUGGUAAUAAUGCUAUAGAUGAGAUAACUUAAUCAUGGCUUUAAUGGUUAAUGAAUUGUUUGGUAUUCCACCUUGUUGGCUUGCAUAGACUUUCACAGAGAGAAUAUAUCAAGAUUAUUUGCUUUCUUGUAAAAGCACAAAAACAUAAAAAUGCGUGUGGGAAAAAUAGUUUCAUUAUGUAUUUAACAAGAGAUAAAAUAAGCUUGAUAAAAAGUGUUUAUACAUUGCCUUUUACACCACUUUAUAACAAAAUAAGUUUUUUUAAAAAAUCAGCCCAAUUUCAUUGCUAUGUAAUAAUACUGGGAAUUUGUGCAAGAUGUUUGGUAUCCUUUCACUUCAUCUGGUUUUGUGCUAAGGUACUGAAAUGACACCAGUUAGAUAAAGCACAUUUUACAUUUUUUAAAUUUUUACAUACGCAAUAAUACAAAUUGAAUCAGUGUCAGGAUUUUAGGCUUGAUGUACUUUUAAAAAAGUAGCCAAUACAGUUGUUUGAUCCUUCUGAUUUGAUUCUGGUCAACCAAUGAGGAGCUAACGUACCUUAAGGAGCUAGAUUGCUGUGUAAGUUUUCAUGGUUUUUUGGUUUUUUUUGGAAAACGCUGAUUACCAUACUAUACACCUGAGAUUGAGUUCUGUGACAACAUCACAAUGUAAGACAAUUCAGACCUGUUUUGUGGGUUUGUUAGAAAGUGAACUAAGCUGGGUGAAAUUCACAUAAGCCAAGCCCCCCCCCCCCCCCCAAACUCUAUUGGGAAAUGCAAGUAUACAGUUCCAUCCUGGCAGAACUAUGCCAUGUCUCUCCUGCGUAUCCCAUGUAAGACUCACCAUCUUUUUGUGGGACUGUGCUUUCAUUUUGCUUACGUCUACAGGGACAGAGCCAGAUGGCUGUGUUGCUCCCUGCUAAUCAUCAACCACUAAAUGUCUAAAGAAAGAGGGCCCCACAGAAACAAAGUGAGUCUUGGAGAGGUUUUGUGUGAGAGUGAAUUUCUCCUACAAUGACAAAAAGACAUGGGGUUGAGCUGCCCUUAAUACCGGUGUGUUACUAACAAGUUGCCAGCCAUUGUUGUACUAGACAUCAGGCAAUAGUCUUAAAUAUCUGACAACAGAGCACACAGCUAGUGAUAACCUUCCAGUUGCUUUUAGAGAAUAUACCAGCAGUGUUCUUCUAAUUAGACAAAUGAUUUAAGGGGGCAAAACUGAUUAAACAGCAGUUGACUAGGAAGAAGCAAAGUAAUUUAUAUUCCUCGUCUUGGCUAGUACUGAGUUCCAAGUAAAUUUGAAUUCACCUGGGGUUCCUGGAAGGGAUCUUGCAGGAUGAAGUACCUCAUGCUUGCUCUAAAAUAAACUUUUAAGUGAAUAAAAUGUGUACAUUUUAAUUGCCACCAGACUCUUAUGCAAGAAAGUAGGAGUUGAGGCAAGUUAGUGUUUAGGCAGCAAAAUGCAGGGUGUUUCUACAUUUUUCAGCAGUGGGCAUAAAUGCAUCUUGAGGAAAGGUGAAUUACAGGAAGAACUCAUUGAGGUGUAAGGGAUUGCCAUCAAUGUUUUUUUAUGGUUCAGAUCUGUUACCAAUUAGAAUAUGUAAUUACAACUGAACUGCACUUUCGGAGGUAACUGCUAAGGAAUCAGACAUAGCUUUUUGACCCCAAAGUACCAUGCAGACAGAGAAAUCUCAAUAUUGCAUUCUUUACUGCUUUGGCAUCACUUUUUGCUGAAGUUAGGUAAUUCUGCUUUAUUAACUGACUGAAUUGUUAACUACUGAUGAGAAACAGUGGCAUUUUUUAUGCUCGAAGAAGUCACAACUGAGGCAGAAACAUGAAGUUGUACUUAAAAUGCAGCAUGGUCUGUCUGUCACAUGACCUGGAUAUACUAACCAAUAGACAGGUGGCAGGAACUAUUAAAUCAGCCCAUGGAAGAGGUGCCAUUAGUUUAGUUAUAUGACACCAAUCUUUUAUGUCUGUGCUUUCCUCUGCCCAGUGUUACUAAGACUUAGGCAUAAUUUGCACACUGUUCUCCAUGGCAGUUUAUGUGGGGCAAUUCAGCACCAUUAUUUUCAGUAUUUUGUGGGUGAGGUAUUCACUUGUAGAAUAACAAGAAUAAAAAACUGCUUUGGUCACUCAACAUUUUAAAUCUGAUACACACUACGUUAAGUGCAUCACUAGAUACAAAAAGAUGAAUUAGACCAGCCUAUUAUCUGCAUGAUUACUUUCCUCUGCAAUGUAAAUAAACUAAUUUGUAAAAAUAUUGUGAAAAAUUACUGUCUCCCCACAAGUAGACUGCUGAUAUAAAACAAAAAAAAUCAACUUGAUUGAAUAACAUUUUCAGUCAACAAAAGCAAAAAUCCCUGUAAGCUGUAUAGUUUGGAUGCUGCUGUUCUAUUUUCUGUCCUCCCCACAUUAAUUCUACCAAGGGUGGAGUAACUUUUUAUCUGGAAUUCUGAAAUCCAAAAUAUUCCAAAAUGUGAUUGUGACAAAAAAAAUCACAAACUUUGAUUCAUGCAAAAAAUUAUUUAAAAAUAUUGUAUAGAAUUAAAUCAAGCUGUGUAUAUAAGAUGUACAUGAAAGAUAAAUGAACUGCAUUUUUUAAAGAUCUGGGUCCUAUCUCCAAGAUAUUAUGUAGAUAUAUGCAAAUACAGGUUUUUUCCAAAAUCUGAAAAAAACCACACUUUUGAUCCUAAAGCAAUUUGUAUAAGGGUUACUCUACUUGUGUAUUUAAAAAUAAACCCAGUGGCUUUGAUAAGUUUACCACAUCACUCAAGUAUCUCUAAGUACUUUUGUACUAAGUUUUAAUUAAAUAAUUUCUUUUAAAAUCCCUAUACAAAACAUUUAUGCACAAGUAUUAAUGUCUUCAUAUAAACUGCCAGAAAUUGAAUAAAUAAACAUUUUUGCAUUAACACUUUUUCCUGUAACAGAGCUAAGUCUUACUGACCUGUCCUAUGAUUUAUUUCUGAAUGCUUGUUACAGUAACAAGAAUACACUUGGCUAUCUGGGAUGUCCAAACUGACCCAUAGUAAUACAGACCCAAAAAAACCCAAUAGUACUCAAAAUCAUAAGAUUUUGAAAUCCAAGUAGCUGUUUUAUCAACAAGAUACAGCAUUCAGAUGAUUGCUGUAAGUAGAAGGCAACCUGAUAGCAUGUAAUAGGCAGCUCUACUUCUCUAGCUCAUCAUUAUCAGUUCUGACACCAGAUUGAGAUAGUGUUUCACAUAACUUUUAGUAUAGGAAUUGAAACCCUUGGGAGACAACUAUGUUGGUUGCAAUGUAAAGAGAAUUACCGUAUAAUACCCCUACUGAAUGAACCACAGAAGUGCAUUUUUUUUUGACAUCGGUCCUUUACAGGGGCCAAGUUGUGCAGGCCUGCAAACAAGAUGAAGUAAGUGCUCUCAUACAAAUACUAUUUUGGGUUCCCCAUACAGAAGAAAUUACCUCAUAAGAAUCACUCUUCCCUUUCCAGUUAAAUAUUUGGGUUUACACCAAGUUGUCCCUGCAUGAAUCGAAAUCGAAUUAUGAUAUAUCUUUUCACCAACAUAACAGAUUCAGAAUAUACCCUAUUGUAAGUAACCAUAGAUUUCAACUUAAUAUUUGGAUAGCAUGGGCAAUAGUGAGGGUUUGUGUCAUCUGAAGUCCAGCAUUUGGGCAAUUGUGGGUUAAGAAGCACUGGUCCAGGUGUUGUAAGGUAGCCAGUGGAGAGGGGAGUAGUGGGAAGAUGUCCGUCCUGGUCUUUGAGGGACAUGAGCAAACACAUACAAGAAUGAACAUGGGAUUUAAAAUCUUCCAAAUCUGUUCAGUGCAGACAUAGGCCUAUGAAUGGGUCCUGCAGAAUCAGGCUUACAGACCUGGAAAAUUGGGUAUAAUUGUAUUGCUGGUUAAAUUUUAGUGAUGUUACAACCAGCCUCAAGCCAUGAGAAGAGGUGGGUAAGAAAUAAAAUUAUUAUUAUUAUAUACAACAUUAACUGUAUCCUCCUGAGUGAGAGCAUGUAAUCCUUUGCAGAUACAUUUAAGACAAGGUGGCGUGCAUUAAACUUCACACAAGUGUAUUUCAUAAUUUUUAUUGAUGGCAUUUAUCCCAUGGUUUAACAUGUUAAUUAUACUGUAAUAAACAUGGCUUUAAUAUUAAACUUUUCCUUAUUAUCCAAA